UUUUUGGAAUCUUGGCUCUAUUCUCUGCUACUAUUUGAGGAUCCUCUGCUUGCUUGUCUCUUCCCUUUUGCUAUGUAGGAAAGCUGAAAGAGAUCACAUUCUAGGAAAUUUGUGUUUGAUCUGGCUCUGUUAUAUGCAUCUUUCACUUGAUCCAUAUUUAUACAAGCAAGUACAUACCUUAGUCUCACAUUUGUUCCAUUAUAGGAUUCAUAAGGCAUCUCAAUAGAAGAGAACUCAAAUGGGUAUGUUUUCCUUUCAUAGAUUUCACAAGGAACAUCUAAUUCACCCACUGCAGAGAAGAACAAUAAUACAUUCAACAUAGGAAGAUACUGUAGAAAGCAAUGAGAAUAUUGAAAUGAUUGAUUAGAAUUUUGGGCCUAUCUAAAGCAUUUGACACUAGAUUGAAGUUCUAGCAGUGAACUUCUCAUAUUUGACAUUUCCUCCAGCAAACGCUGUAUUGUUACGAAAAGUAUGCUGGCACUGUAUGGAAUACUACAAUAAACUGAAAUUAUGGCAAACUAGAAGUUAUGGCACUGUAUGGAAGAUAGAAUUUAAGAUACCAUGAGUGGCAGCCAUAUAAACAUCUAGAGGGUAGUAAACUUUAUUCGAAGAAGACAGCACCAAUAUAUGUGAGCAGUUAUUUCGAAGGGAACCAGUGAACCACAUGAUAUGGUUGGUGCAUCUAGAUGGCUUACAAAUUGCUUAACAAGAGAAUAAAAUCAAUUCCUCCAGGUAUGAGACAAAAAAAUCAACUCCUAGACUCCUAAUAAUCAUUGCUGAUGGUCUUCGUUUCAGUAUCGCCUAUAGCAGAUCCAUCUAGUCAUUAAUAAACAAAUCAAAGGAAGUAUUACAAAUAUUGGAGGAUAUCGCAAUAUAAACAGCAUCUGAACUGAUCUACUGAUGCCAUGAGGGAGAUAUUGAAGACUAUUUAGAUAAUAAAAAUGUAAAACUGAUAAAGCACCAGAGCAAUGAAAGCAAUUCUAAGUUAUGUCAAAUAAGACAAACUUUUUCGCUUUUCGCUCAAACUAGACAUGGAAAACAUAGUUAGAUCUUGUAAAGCAACGACAACAAAACUAGUUAUAUGAUUUCAGUUUUCAUGAUAUUAGUUAAUUUUUUUUAUUCUUGUUGAGGGCUAAAGUGAAGCAAACAUGGAAGUUUUGGGAUCUUGAAUGUCAAACUUAAAAGUUCAAGGAUCAAAAUGAAACUUGACCAAAAGUGCCUGGAUUACUAGUGCAAAUUAGUCAACUUUAUUAUUGUUAUACGACCUGUAUAUAUUAGUGCUAUUAUAUUUAUAUGUGGUACAUAUCUUAUGGAAGAGCCAAGAAAACUUUCAGUGAUUUGCCAAUCAAAACUGAUCAAGACGCUCUUAGAGAAGGCUAUCGGUAUGUUGCAUUAACUGCCACUAUUUCUUUUUUUCAUGUAAUUAGCUUUCAAGUGAAUGAUAGUGCUGUGCUAUUUGCUAAUGUCCAUUCAAUAAGGUGAAAGCUCUCCUGGCUGACACCUUUGAACAUUCUUCCUGGUUGACACCUUUGAACAUUCUUUAUUGUUUAAGUCUGUUGUCCAUGCAAUUAGUAAUUUCUCAUAUUAUUUCUGCAGGUGCCUUAAACUUGCAAAUGGAUAGCAUGUAGAAACACCCAAUAGGAUUAUUAUACAUGAUUUUGGAACACUGAAUAAGUUGAAUGUUACUUGAUCAUACAUGAUUUAGAGGUUGUCAUGUGAUGUGGUUUUCUAGCAGAGAUGGAAAAGCUAGCUGAAGAAAGAAACUGAUGAUGACUUGCCAAAUCCUGGCACACUUCGGGCUUCGAGGAGUGCGCAUAAUUCCGGAGCCAUGGAGAUGGCCUCAGCUCCAAUAUCUCGCGGAGAAGAUGAAAUAGACAUAGAACUUCAAGUUCACUGCUUGGAGACUAAAGCGUAUAGUGCUGUUUUAAGAGCAUUCAAUGCUGAAUCAGAUGCUCUUUCAUGGGAGAAGGCAGAACUUAUAUCGCAUAUAAGGAAGGGACUCAGAAUUUCUAGUGCUGAGCACAAGGAAAUUCUGAGGAAAAUCAGUUCUGAUGAAUUGGUCAAGUCUAUACGGAUUACUUCUGAACAAGAUGGCUUGGCGGCUUGUAAUAUUCUUCAUGCUGCUGGGCCUCCGAAGGUGGUAAUAACUAGCAUGCAAAUUGCAGACAAGCUUCUUCUAAUUGGUAGUCAUCAGAAAAUAAAGGAUGCUCUUUUUGUACAUCUCGGUUUAGUGGCAUGAUUAUUUUUCUAAAGUCCGUGGAUCUUUUCUAUUGAAAUCUUUGCUCUUUAAGGAUGAGUCUUCGUGAAGUGUAGUUUGAACUUCUCUAUUGGAGCGCAUAGAACUUUCCUUUCGUCUAUAAAACUUUUUAAUUAUAUAUUAGUGUUCUUGUAGUUCGAACUUUCUUUAGCUAUCUAAUGUUUGAUUGACAUUUAUUUUGUGAUAGAAAGUGAUUUCGACACUAAUUUGUACUAACAACACUUUUGAGAAUGUAAUAGACUUUUACAUACAGCUUAUUUGAAAUGUUGGGUUUUUAA